GUUGCCAAGGAAGUGAGCGGCGGCCGCGGCGGGGCCGGACUCCCCCUGUCGUAUCCGGUGCUGCUGCCGCCGCCGCCGCCGCCGCCCCUGCCGCAGCGGCGGGAGGAGGAGGGGGGUCUCCAUGGUGACGGCGCAGGUUUGGGGAAACCCCUGGCCUUCCUGGUCCUGCCGCCUGCUGAGUUUGCCCUAGUGCCAACCUGUUGCCAUGUCGAAGUUAAAGUGCUCGGAGUCGGUCAGAGUGGUGGUGCGAUGCCGGCCGAUGAACAGCAAAGAGAAAGUAGCCUCCUACGAGCAAGUGGUCCAGGUGGACGUCAAGCUGGGGCAGGUGUCUGUGAAGAACCCCAAGGGAACUUCUCACGAGCUGCCCAAGACUUUCACCUUUGAUGCCGUUUACGACUGGAAUUCCAAGCAGUUUGAACUCUACGAUGAGACCUUCCGGCCCCUGGUGGACUCGGUGCUCCAAGGGUUCAACGGGACCAUCUUUGCCUACGGGCAAACCGGCACGGGGAAGACGUACACGAUGGAAGGUGUGCGUGGCGACCCCGAGAAAAGGGGCGUCAUCCCCAAUUCCUUCGACCACAUCUUCACGCACAUCUCCCGGUCUCAGAACCAGCAGUACCUGGUGAGGGCUUCUUACCUGGAGAUCUACCAGGAGGAAAUCCGGGACUUGUUGUCAAAGGAUCAGUCCAAGAGGCUGGAGCUGAAGGAGCGGCCGGACACGGGAGUGUACGUGAAGGACUUGUCGUCUUUCGUCACAAAGAGCGUCAAGGAAAUAGAGCAUGUCAUGAAUGUGGGGAACCAGAACCGCUCGGUUGGGGCCACCAACAUGAACGAGCACAGCUCCCGUUCGCACGCCAUCUUUGUGAUCACCAUUGAGUGCAGCGAAGUGGGGCUCGAUGGGGAGAACCACAUACGCGUUGGGAAGCUCAACCUCGUGGACCUUGCCGGCAGCGAGCGCCAGUCUAAGACCGGAGCCCAGGGGGAGAGGUUGAAAGAGGCGACAAAGAUCAACCUCUCUCUCUCUGCCUUGGGCAAUGUCAUAUCGGCCCUGGUGGACGGCAAAAGCACUCACAUUCCCUAUCGGGAUUCCAAGCUCACCAGGCUGCUCCAGGAUUCGUUAGGUGGCAAUGCCAAGACAGUGAUGGUGGCCAACAUCGGCCCCGCCUCGUACAACGUGGACGAAACCUUGACGACACUGCGGUACGCCAACCGUGCCAAGAACAUCAAGAACAAGCCGAGAGUGAACGAAGACCCCAAGGAUGCGCUGCUGCGGGAAUUCCAGGAGGAGAUUGCAAGGCUCAAGGCGCAGCUAGAAAAGCGGUCUGUUGUCAAGAGGAAGAAGAAAGACAGGAGGAGAGACGGAAGCUUCAGCGCCGGGGGAGAGGACGAGGAUGAGGAGGAAGAUGGCGAAGAAGGGGAGGAGGAAGGAGGAGGUAACAAAGGUGACUACUGGAAAGAGCAGCAGGAGAAGCUGGAGAUAGAGAAGAGGGCUAUCUUAGAGGACCACAGUUUGGUGGCUGAGGACAAGAUGAGGCUGCUGAAGGAGAAGGAGAAGAAGAUGGAAGACUUGAAGCGAGAGAAGGAGGCAGCUGAAAGGCUGGGUGCCAAAAUCAAGGCAAUGGAAAGCAAGCUCCUUGUUGGAGGGAAAAAUAUUGUGGAUCACACAAACGAGCAGCAAAAAAUCCUGGAGCAGAAGCGGCAGGAGAUUGCUGAGCAGAAACGACGAGAGCGAGAAAUCCAACAGCAGAUGGAGAGUCGGGACGAGGAGACCUUGGAGCUGAAGGAGACCUACAGCUCCCUGCAGCAGGAAGUGGACAUCAAGACUAAAAAACUGAAAAAGCUCUUUUCCAAGCUGCAAGCCGUGAAGGCUGAAAUCCACGACCUUCAAGAGGAGCAUAUCAAAGAACGUCAGGAGCUGGAGCAAACCCAGAAUGAGCUCACACGGGAGCUGAAGCUCAAGCACCUGAUUAUUGAGAACUUUAUUCCCUUGGAAGAGAAAAACAAGAUCAUGAACAGGUCGUUCUUUGAUGAGGAGGAGGACCAGUGGAAACUGCACCCCAUCACCCGCUUGGAGAAUCAACAGAUGAUGAAGAGGCCUGUGUCAGCUGUGGGAUACAAGAGGCCCCUGAGCCAGCAUGCUAAGAUGUCCAUGAUGGUUCGCCCAGAAGCCCGGUACAGGGCAGAAAACAUUGUAUUGCUGGAACUGGAUAUGCCUAGCCGGACGACCCGGGACUAUGAGGGCCCAGCCAUUGCCCCCAAAGUACAAGCAGCUCUCGAGGCUGCUUUGCAAGAAGAAGAUGAGAUACAAGUGGAUGCUUCCACAUUUGAGAGUACAUCCAACAAGAAGUCAAAAUCCAGGCCUAAAACGGGACGGAAAUCGGGCGGCUCUUCGUCCAGUCCAUCUGGGUCUCAGCUCUACCCUCAGUCUCGUGGGCUGGUCCCCAAGUAAAGCCAGUUCCCUGCUAAGGUGUGGCUGUGCAGCUUUGCCUUCCGAGAGCUGAGGCAAGUAAAGGACCUUUGGAGGAGACUCUGUGGCCAGGCUCCAAAGUGAUUCCCUUCGAGACGAAGCGAUGGCCCCCUCUGCAGCUGAACUAUUGUUGUUUUUUGUCCAGCCAGGCACGUUCCAGGUGGACGUCCGUCCUCCACGAUGGAAUUCCAUGGCAUUUGGUCUCCAAGGGGAAAGAUACUUUAGUUAGGAAAUCAGAAAUGCAUGAGAAUACAUUAGUGUUAGAUGCAACAAGAAGCUUGGGGGGGGUGUCACCUUGUCAUCUCCUCCUCCUCCUCUUACAGUCUUCUUGCUGCACUUGGUUUGCUUGCCCUUGGGAUGGAGCCCAAAGCCAUCUCAGCAGAACCUGCCCUCUGGGACUUGAUGAUGCUUAAUAAUCUAGUGAGGCUGAGAAGUGACCACCCGUGGCAGAAGAUCCGUUUCCUUUCUUUCCAUCGAAAGACUGGCACCAUUGGAAGGGUUUUUGUUUUUUGGGGGGCGGGAAGGGGUACAGGUGGACGUGCCUCUUACCCACAGAAGAGCCGAGAGCGAAAUGCACCCCACAGCUCCUUAGACAGGUUGGUUUCCUUUUAGAAAUGCAAGCCGAAGGAGGGCUUUGAAAACCUGCUGUCUCUCUCUCCUCUGGAACAGAAGCAAUAGAAACUUAACAAAUCCUUUGCCUGUUUACAAGGAUUGGCAAGAGUUGUUCUAGGCAGAGCUCCUAGAGACUUAAGCCAUGACCGGCAAGGUCCACUCUGUGCAACAGUCGGCGCUGUGUGCCAGGUGCCAGCUCCGCAUUUGGCACUCUUCCUCCGCUCACCAUCCGAUUUCUCCCAGUGCGCGCCACCAGGCCACCUCUGCUUUGAGGGGAUGCUGCGGCAGUUCCUUCAUUGUCUUCCACUGUCCGCGUGGCCUUCGUGACUUCUCGAGGCUGGUUCUGCUUUCCGCCGCAAGAGGGGUGGAAGCGGAAGCAGUUCCUUGGCCGAGCGCUCUCCUGGCCGCAGCAGAACGUUCCUUUUGUGAGCAGAGGGUGGUUUCAGACCAGAGUUGCUGCUUCUGAUCUUGUCCAAAGUGGUAGGAUCUUUCAAAGGGUUCUGAGCCCCGAAUCUUCCGUCAAAUGGGAAUGGGGUUUAAGGUUUGAGUUCGAGGGGAAGGCACCACUACCCGUUCCAGUGGCGAGGCUCGUGCUAGAACAGUCCUGCUUCUUCAGAGGCUGUCUCUUCUUUCUCCUUCCCCCCAGUUUCAAAGCUGUCCUGUGCAGUGUUUGGGGCUUAAGUUGCUGCUGAAUUGGGCCAGAUCAAAAGGCUGAAGAAGGUGCCCCCUUCCGGGUAUCAUUUUACGGUUCAGUUUGUACGUUUAAGAUUGAUGUAUAUUGAGAAUUCAGUUGUUAAUAUUUUAUUUCGGGGUUGCUGUUGACUGUUGUACUGUGAAUAUUUCCCCACUCCACCCCCACCGGAUUCCUCUCUGAAUGUUUUAACGGCCCUCCUCUCCCUAGACCCUGCUGUGGGUGCGAGUGUGCAUGUAGGUGUGUAUGAGAACUUGCUUGGUUACAGGAAUACUCUCAAAUGUGUAUGGCCUUUGCCUUGCUGCCCUUAUGUCAUUCUCUGAGCAGUCCAGCUGCACUGACUCCAUGGUUUCUCACCCACUCGAGCAAGGACAACCCAGACAGGCCCAUCCUACCAGCACUGUGACUCGGAAAGCCCAGAGCUGCUCCAACAAGCCCCGUUGCUUUGGAUUCUGGGCAGUGUGUUUCUGGAAUGGGGCCGGUUUUUCUGUUCUCAAAGUAUGACUUCCGUGGAGGGGAGCUGUGUGGCCCCUGGCUCUUGCAUUGGCCAGAGGGAACCUGCACCGCCUCCCUUUCAUGGCUGCUCUUGACAAAAAGCCGCCUUUCUUAGGCUCUCGCGGUAUAAAAGUGCUCCCCCCCCCAAACCCGGUUCUGCUCUGUUGUUUUGAUCUUCUCUGCUUUGUUAUUUAAGAAAAGGAUUGUACGGCUUAGAUACUGAGGUGUGCCGGUUGUGAAUCCAAAGAAUCGUUUAGGCAAAAAGGUACAGCAUCUGUGUGCAUCUGUGGGCUCUGCCAUUGCACUGGGCUUCUGUUGGGAAACGUCCAUUCCCAUGAACCGGAAGGGGAAAUAUCCUUUGUGUGUGUUUAAGUAUCGGGUAGGCAGGCCAGUGCCUCAAAGAUUUCUCCAGGCUAGCUUGGAGAAGCCCUUGGGUUAAGGAUACAAGAGAGAGGAAUGAGAAGCAGGAGCAGAUAGACCCCCUCAGUGCUUUGUUUAUAAUGUGGUUCAUAACUCCUCUCCCAUUUCCUGACAAGGGGCUCUUCUCUAAAACUGACAAACCGGCAGAAUUAUCCCGGUACAGUUGAUCUGCCUGUCCGAGGUCCAGCGUGAAAGAGAAACCCAUUAAGGCCUAGGAAUUGACGAGUGCAAACAUGGGAGCUAGCUUGCGAUGUCUUUGUCUUUCUUUCCUUUGAUCUGCAUAAUUGGAUUAGCUUUUUCUCUCCCAAACAUAAUUCAGCAAAAGUAGCUCUUGAGGUCCAGGGCCCAAACCUCGAGGUCCACGACCACUGAAGCAGUUUCUUUAAAAGCUUUAUGUGAAACUCUUGGCCGCUGCUCAGAAUUGCAGGAUAUGCAUCUCUUUGUGCCAAUCUUUCAGCUGGUAGGUGCACCCUACAUGCCACAGCCAUCACCAACGUUGUGCCCUCGAGGUUUGGACUACAACUCCCACCAGACCCCAGCCAGCACAGCUGGGAGCUGUAGCUCAGAACUUCUGAGGGGCAUCAGGUUGGCAAAGGCUUUUCUAGGGAGAGUCUAUUCGGUUAUCUCUAGACCUGGUCACAAGAUGUUCAGAAAAUCACUUUAAAUAAAUCUCUCUGCAGAUUUGUUUCUGCCGUUUGUGGCGUUAGACAAUGUAACUGAGGUUGAAAAAUAAACCACAAAUCUCAGAGUGCUGUUCUCGCACAGCGGACACACUAGAAAAGCUAAUGCGAGAGCCAUCCGUGAUCCUAUGACUGUGUUACACUGGCCAGCUGAGUGGGUGCUCAGCACCUUUGUACUGUAUGUUGGUGGCUUGGUCCUGAAAGGAUGGGGUGUUUGUUGAUUUAAAUCUGUCCUUAUUUGACCCCGUAGCUCCAAUCCACUGGGUAUGACUCCAGUGUGGCUGAAAUGAAUAAGCAGCACAGCGGUGCAAAGCCAUUUAUUUCAGUGGGUCACACAGGGAUCGUACAGUACUCAGUGGAAUGAACAUGAAUGGGUGCAACUGUCUUCUGAGAAACUUCCCAGACCUUUGGAAAUAGCUCGUACAUAGUUCCUUUUCUGUCCAUAGAUCUUACAGCUUGUAUCUGUUAUCAUCUCUUGUCUAGGAAUGUAAAAGUGCUCCUAAAGAUGUGUAAUAAAUAAAUAAAUUCAAUUGGAUUUAUUGUAUGUAAAAUAAUAAUAAAGCCUCUUCCUUCCCCUCC